AGGCACGACUCGGCAGGUGCCGAUCAUUGUGACUGGACAAGGUCGCUGUGGUCGUGUCCGAUGCGUGAGGCGCAGCUUGCGAGCCUCACUGUCCCAAUGCGUUCAGCGGGCGAUGCUGUGAACUUCCCUCUUCCGCUCCGCCCCGGGCCCGCCGGCCGCGCCGGGAGGUUCAGGUGCAAGUGCAGGCCAAUGACCCCGGGCCGCGGGGUAUGGGCGGGCUGCAUGGGGUAUCGACGCGGCGGGCCGCUGUGACGCUAGCAGCGGGCUCUGGCGGGAGAGCUUUCGGGAUCAAAUGCAAAUGUAUAGUAAUGGCGGAUGCCGGAAAAGCAUCUAAACAGAACCAAUCGAAGACUUUUCAGUGUAAAAACUUGCACGACUACUUGAAAACUUUACCUGCAUCAACUUUGGAUAGAUUGUACAAUCAUCCAACCACAUGUCUUGCAGUGUACAGAGAAUUGCCAGAAAUCGGUCGACAUUAUGUGAUAAGAAUUUUGUUUGUUGAACAACCAGUUCCUCAAGCAGUUGUUGCUUCAUGGUUGUCACAAGAAAACUCCAAAGAACACAAUGAGGUUACCAAAGUCCUCAAGGAAUUGCAAGUGUGGCAAGAGGCACCCAUACCGGGUGGGCUUCCUGGAUGGAUUCUCAAUCCAAUUUUCAAGAAGAACUGCCGCAUGGCACUGUUGGGAGGAGGGAGAGCCAAUUGCAUCCAAUCUCAGCUUGAUGCUGACAGUAAGCCAAGAGACAUCCCGUUUUUAGAUCAGUAUGCUACAGAGCGAUGGGAAUGUGUUUUGCACUACAUGGUAGGAUCCCAACAGCAGGAGGGAAUAUCAGCAGAUGCUGUAAGAUUACUGCUGCAUGCCAGACUUAUGAAACGAGAUGAGGAAGAUGGCAGUCCAGUUAUCACAAGAGAAGGAUUUCAGUUUCUUCUGAUGGAUACUGCACAACAAGUUUGGCACUUUAUUUUGCAGUAUCUUGAUACUGUACAAGAACACAAUCUAGAUCUUGUGGAAUGUCUUACAUUUCUCUUCCAGUUAAGUUUUAGUACACUUGGUAAGGAUUAUAGCACUCAGGGAAUGAGUGAAGCAAUGUUGAAAUUCUUACAACAUCUUCGAGAAUUUGGAUUAGUCUACCAACGAAAGAGGAAGGGAGGUAGAUUUUAUCCCACUCGUUUGGCUUUAAAUAUAGCAGCUGGCCAAACUAGUGCCCCUGGGGACAUAGAGCGUGUGGGAUACAUUGUAGUAGAGACUAACUACAGAGUGUAUGCUUACACAGACUCAAAUUUGCAGGUGGCUUUAGUUGCUCUGUUCUGUGAGAUGAUGUACAGGUUCCCAAACUUAGCUGUUGGUAUUCUAACUAGAGAUUCAGUGCGACAAGCUCUGAGAAGUGGAAUCACAGCAGAACAAAUGAUUAAUUUCUUGAGGCUGCAUGCACAUCCUCGCAUGGUGGCAAAUGGGCCCCCAGUAUUACCCCCCACUGUUGUUGAUCAGAUCAAAUUGUGGGAAAAUGAGCGUGAUAGAUUUAACUUUUCAGAGGGAGUUUUAUAUAGCCAGUUCCUAUCGCAACAAGAUUUCCAGGUACUUCGAGAUCAUGCUCAAGACCAAGGUGUACUAAUAUGGCAAAAUGAACGACAGAGAACAAUGGUUGUGACCAAAGGAGGGCAUGAUGAUGUGAAAAGAUUUUGGAAAAGAUACAACAGAGGAAACGAUUAAAUUCAUUAACUUGUCUAUGUUUAUUAAAUCACUUAAAACAGUA